UGUCUCUGGGUGAAGCAUGAGCGGUCAGAGGAUCAGUCAUAAGCGGCUGUCUCUGCGAUGGAAGGCUCUUUGGCUCUACUUCUGCUGCUGGACGUCCGGAGCCGCAGCCUCUGCCCCCGGACAAAGCGACUCCACGGACUCCCCGGGGUCCCUCAGCUGGCUGCUGUCCGAUAAAGGACCUUUCCACCAGUCUUUGGAGUUUAGUGAAGCGGCAGAAAGGUACCAGCAAGGCUACACCACCAGGUACAAAAUCUACAGGGAGUUUGGUCGAUGGAAGGUCAACAGUUUGGCCGUGGAGAAGAGGGACAGUUCAUCGGGCAGCGGGGGCCUGUCUCCACCCCUCGACCCCGAAUUCAUGCACGUGGUCCGGCAGCUGGGGCGCCGGCCGAGUCUGCAGACCAUCACAGAGAGUCUCAUUAAGAAGUAUGGCACUCACGUCCUCAUCUCUGCCACACUGGGAGGGGAGGAGUCUCUCACCAUAUUUGUGGACAAGAGAAGGCUGAACCAUGAGUCUCCAUCUGCAGACAGCGAGGCGGCCAAGUCCAACUGGACGGGGGCGGUGACACUAGAGACACUUCACCAACUGGCUGCAUCCUACUUCACCGACAGAGAGAGCACUCUGAGGAAACUGCACCAUCUCCAGAUCGCCUCCAGUGCCAUUCGGGUGACUGAGACCAGGACGGGCCCCCUUGGCUGCAGUAAUUAUGACAAUCUGGACACAGUGAGCUCAGUGCUGGUCCACAGCCCAGAGAACAAGGUCCAGCUCCAAGGCUUGCAGGUGCUCCUCCCUCUUUACCUGCAGAGUCGUUUCAUCCAGGCGGCGCUGGACUACAUCGGUUGUAAAUCCGAGGGCGAGUUCGUCUGCCGGAGUGGAGACUGCUGGUGUCGCUGCAGUGUGGACUUCCCUCACUGUAACUGCCCACUCUCUGACCUGAGCAGUCUGCAACACAACUUGCAGCGCGUCCUUGAGGCCUGGAGGAGCAGCAAUCAGGAGUUUGAGCAAUCUGAGGAGUUUCGAGGCUUCGUGGACAGACUGCCAAAGCACUACGCUGUGAACACAUCUGUGGUGGAGCACUUGUGGCGCGCUGAUGCCAACCUGCUACAGCGCUACAGGCAGUUGGAAGCUCACAGCGCCCAACUCUCCUCCAAAGCCCGCCGCAUCACUAACAAGCUCUUCAGUCUGAGCAAGAGGUGCAGGCAACAACCCAAAAUAGUCCUACCAUGGCCCAGCAGACCGCUGCACUUCUGGCUGAGCUUCUGCCUGUCCAGGCUGUACUGCAGUGAGAACAGCCAUGUUGGAGUGUACAGUGAGGAGGGCCGCAGCUGCUCGUGCCCAUACGCCCCCCUGUCCUGCCAGGGUGUCAUCCCCUGCUCUGUGGGAGAGGGCUCCCGCUGCGCCUCCUGCUCCACAGAGAAUCGCACGCGCUGCUCCAGCUGUAACCCAGGCUUCAGCCUGACACAGGGAGCCUGCCGGCCCGCUGUGCCCGACCCCACUGACCCCUACCUGGGGCUGGAGAGUGAUCGUGACCUGCAGGAUCUGGAGCUGCGCUACCUGCUACAGCAGCGCGACCCGCGCAUCACUCUGCACGGGGUGUUUGUAAGCAACGAUGUACGCAUCAACACCUGGUUUGACCCGUCCUGGAGGAAGAGGAUGCUGCUCACACUCAAGAGCAAUCGUGUCAAAUCCAACCGCGUUCACAUGCUGCUGGGCAUCGCGCUGCAGUUUUGUCUCACCGCCAACAGCUCUCUGGAGCCUGCAUUCUCUCUGUUUGUCAACCCAUUUGGAGGCAGCCAUGCAGAGAGUUGGACCAUGCCCAUCGGCCAGAGUGGAUACCCCGACUGGGAGCGCACCAAGCUGGACAGACCAAUGGACUGUUAUAACUGGACUCUGACUUUAGGGAACCGUUGGAAGAGCUUUUUUGAGACUGUUCACUUUUACUUGCGUAGUCGUAUCCGGGAACCCACGGGAGGAAAUCGUACUACGGUGUACUAUGAACCGCCAGAGCCCACUGAGCCGGCCAAUAAUGUGGGCUACAUCAAAAUCAAUAGCAUGCAGCUGCUGGGGUACAGUGUGCACUUUGACCCAGAGGCCAUCCAGGACCUGAUCCUGCAGAUUGACUAUCCGUACACUCAGGGCUCCCAAGACUCUGCCCUCCUGCAGCUGGUGGAGCUGCGCUACAGGGUCAACCGCCUCUCUCCUCCAGGGGUGCCCCACGUGGACCUGUUCUCCUGCCUGCUCCGACAUAGACUCAAACUGUCCAGCGCUGAUGUGAGCCGCAUCCUCACGGCUCUGCAGGCCUUCAGCUCUAGACAGCCCCAGCACCAGGAGUAUGAGGCCAACAAACUGUGCAGCUAAAGACUGUCUCCUCUCAAUCCAUUUGUGUUACAUCUGUGCUAUGUUAUACAUGCAAAUUGUGCAUUUCAAAGGUUUUUACAAUCUCAGUGUAUUUUUAUGAAACAAUUGUUGUCAAAAGGAAUAAUUCUGUAUUAAA